UAAAUAUGCGGGAGUAAACUGUUACAUCAUUUAAUAAAACAAUAAUAAUAAGUUACGUAGGCGGGUGUGAUAUGUAACUUGAUAACAGGGGCUGGUCAUGUCUAUUAAUAGAGGUUAACAAAUGUUGAACAUAUGCACUUCAAUAAUAAGCAGUGAACACGGAAACAAACAAUAUAUUACAAUCCUGAGUAUUCUAGAGUGACACUAAUUGUAUUGAAUAGGAUAUAAUAUAUGCUUCGCAGUACUCAAGUGCCGACUUUAAAUGUUCGCAUAAUUCCUGUCUUAUGCAUGAAUUUUAUUUUAUUUUACACACGAGGAGAUUUUGAUGGGUUAUAAAUCAAAUUUGUUAACAUUGCAGUCGUGCCCAACAAUCACAGACGUAUUAUUGAAAAGGUAUCAAUCAAUGAAUUAAGUUCACUUAUUCUGUCUUCGCCCAAGUCAUACAAUCGAGAGUGAAACAUUGAUAGACAUAAAGAUGAUUUAUCAAACUUAGGCUGUUGUUAUAAUAUACACUUAUGUCUUGCAGUUGUUCCGGGCAAGCUGAUGGCGCCACUGGCUCCUAUGGAGCUCGAGAGAGCUCUCCCACCAGAUCCCAUUCCCCCCAAACCCCCGGAAAUGUACAUGCCAGAGGACACCCACAUAUUUGAUAAGCCUAAUUACCUUCCUAAGCCUAUUCCUCAUUCCGCGAAAAUUUCUCCAUCAUCAAUACCAAUCCCCAAUCCGAGUGUAACGACUUCGAAAAUGAUGGAGCCCGGGUAUCCCAACUACAGUACGCGACUGUACUCGAUACCCGGCUAUUCUGCAUUCCAGCCCGUGUCCUACCCUAGGAAGGAGCAGCCGAGCCAGCCUCCUGCGCCACUGCCUGCUGAGAUCCAGGCCCCUGACUUCACACCAUAUCCGAUUGUACCGAAAGAAAACCAUGUAGCACCUUCAUUUGAAGAAAAAAGUAUAGACACAGAACAGCCACUCCGACUCACUCAGCAACAAGAGAUCCAAAAAGUACAAACGGAUUUCGAAGAACAUUUCACUACAGAAAUAAUACCAGCUACGUCCGUACCUGAUGCUUCUAAACUGCAGAAUACUGAAUCAAAGAUGAGUAUAACGUCAUUAGCACAAGGCUCUGGAGCUACGAUAACAAUUCCUUCGCAAAUACAGAACAAUGAAGUCAAAAAGAAAUCAGAGAGAUUCAGUUUGAAAACUAGCAUACCUAUCAGUAAACUCGAUAUGAAAUGUGUCAGUAAUCCACCAGAUAAUACCUAUCAAAAUUCCUUGCCUAAAAAGCCUUUCAACCCAGCUUUCUCAAAAGAGGCUCCAAGAAUUGAAAUUCAAAGUAACGUUGUAAUAAAGUCAGCAACAAAAGAAGCUGAAGUAAAAGAGGCCAAACCGGGAGUGGCGAGCAACAGCAUUAGCACAUUAAUAAAUGCGGCUGAAGCUAUAAACAAGACUGAAACUAAUCAACAUCAAUUCCGAGUUCCCGAUCCUAAACCUGAUCCACCGGCUGAGGUGAAGGAGCCCCCAGCUCUACCGAGACCUAUAUUCAAUCCAAUGAACAUUGAAACAAGUAAAGUUCACAUAAAUAAGCCUCCGGAGCCGACGUACAAUGAACAGAAAAAUCAAAUAGUAUUCAUUCAAAACAAGAACAAUUCUAAUCCAAAGAUGUUAGUUACGAUACAGCAGCAGAGCCCGCAAGUAUUGGUACAACGAAGUAGUUUUGAAUCAAAAAACCCGCAAGCUCCUUCACGACUAUCCAACCAAAGCAAAAAAUGCAAAGAUGACGUGGUGAACGAAAGUACUUCGUCAAAAGUAGUGGCUUUGAAGAAGCUACAUCAAGAAAACUGUGACGAAAACGAUUUUGAGAAUUUGAUCACUGAGAAUCAAAUUUAUGGCAACAAAAUAGUCGUGAAGGAGAAAUCUCAAGGAACACUACAGGAGCAAGACUUAAAAAACAAAAAGGUAACGGAAAAGAUCAGUCCGCCCGAAACUAAGAAUGUAGUGUUACAACCAAACUUUUUAUACCUAAGUAAUGUCCAGUUUCCUGGUAACUUGAUGAUGAUUAAAAAUAACUCAAAAGUUCCGCAAAACACGGACAAUAAUAAGACUAAAGUAGCGACAAGUGAGAGCAAAGUACAAAACGAAAUUCCAAAUGUAACGAGUACCGAAGCAUGUGUAGAAAAUAAGACAUCUAAACCUGUUACAACAUCAGCAAGCAAAGAGAUCCACGUCAUAAAACCAAGUAGCAAUGCACAAACUACAGCGAACAAAACGAAACCCGACAUAGUAAUCCAAUCGAAUCAAAAGGUAAUUGUCAAUCCUCAGAUCGUUUACCAAGUACCGAUCGUCUCAACCAUCGUAGAAGCUGAGAAAACGAAACCACCGACGGCAUGUUCAGACUUCUCCAAAUUCGUUACACCCAAGAAGAAAUACUCAAAACAGUUUGAGCAGGCACAAGCAAACGAAAAGCCUCUAUUCAUAGCUUGCCCCUACCAAAUGGACUCCAACCUCCAACCUAAAAUUGUAAUCACUAACAUCCGACCAAAAGUGAAUAAAGUUGAUGAAGUGAGCGCUUUAGAUGUUUAUGAGAAACGAAAACGUAUGAGGCGUUUAAAAUAUUUGUGUAAACGUGAUAAAGAUGUUAAACAGGAGGCCAAAAGGGUAGAAAAGAGCAAUCUACCAAAUGUUAUAACACCUGAUAAAGUCAGGAAUGAAAUAUACAAAGAGUUCGCGAACACUAAGGUGGGAGCAGACGAUGCCAGCAGCGGCAGUGAUACUGAUGACUACGGCGAAGAGGAGCUCAAAAUAUAUGAAGAUAUCAUUGAGGAGUAUGGCGCUAAUGGCUACAGUGAGAAGAAGAAAGUUGAUUUUAUGGCUACGCUGCGGUUGGCGACUUUGAAGGCUUAUAAAGCGAAAGACCAAGAACUUCAGGACAAAGUGCUGAAGCACGAUUCAGUGGCCGCCGCGUACGCCGCUGUGGGCCGGCUGGACCAGCUGCUCAACGUGAAGGCAGGGCCUGAUGAUGAGGACGCGGCGGACGGGAACGCAGCUGAUGACGUCAGCGAGGAGGCCGCCACCGGCCAGAAGAAACAGCAAUUCCUUUCCCGGUUGUGUCUCACGCAAGUCUCGCAGCAGUAUAAAGAUGAUUACGAGAAAGCCUGGCGUGAAGUGCUAAAAGAGAGGAAACGCCGUAACAACCCAGACACGGGAGAACCCGCUAAGCACCCGCGCGUGUCGCCGGGCAGCCUCGGCUUCGACCCUAACUGCCAGCUCCGCCUGCUCACCGAGAUCAAGAAGUGCGUCAACGAGAACAACAACCUCAUCAAGAAAAGACUCGAUGCCGUCACCAACUCAGACACCACCGACGAGAGCAUACCAAUUCUGGCUGAAAAGAACUUCUCAGAACUAAACCGACUGUCUAAAAUGGCCGACCGCAGCCUCAAUCUAUUCAAAGUCCCGAACACAAAGAAAAGGGAUCUUAACCCUGGUUUCGAUAGCGAGAACAUUAAAAAACCAGCGCCACCUAGCGCGAAGGUAGACCAGCCGUAUCAGAACUAUCCUAAGAUAAAAAUACCUAAUUUUUCGAAGAUAAUUUCGUUGAAAACGACGCAGGAGUGUGAUCCAGUGACGUCGACCCCGGCGACGUCUAUGGACGAGCCUCAGAACUCGGCGGCCGGCGUGACCGAGAUGUUCGCGGAGUCGCCGGCGCCGGGCCGCACGCGCGACGCCUGCUGCCAGGUGGAGGAGCCCACCUGGCCGGACGUUGAGAACCUCGUCAAGACUUACAAGGCUUUUGAAGCAGUUCGCCGGAGAGAGAUAUCAAACUUACGCAAACGCAACACGUCCCUCCGCGUGGAGGGCGCGCACAUCACGAGGUCCGCGUCGCGCGACUCGGACCGGUCGCGGGCGCUCCUGGCUGAGCGACAGAACUUGGCUGUGGAGGAGAACAACCUGCGCCUGUCACUGCAGCGGCUGCAGAAAGCUAUCGAAGUUAUUAGAAAAAGCUAAGGAGCUGACAAAACGACGAAUCUAUUAAAUACGAAAUAAAUAGAGCAGUCUUAUCACUAACGUACUCGUACUUACAGCAUAAUAGGAUCCCGAUAGAUCAUUUGAAAAUCAGCUUGCUUAAAGAUGUCACAAUUAAGUUUAGUUUUUAAGAAUAUAAUUGGUAGCAAAUGUUGCAACCAUCACACAUGGCAACUUUUGUGUUACGGUCUAUCAUCCUGCAGUCAGGAAGUCAGUCCAAUUGUAGAAACCUUAACACUGAGAAAACAUGGAACUUAAUUUGACACCAUAUAAAUCCGCCAUCUUUUUUUUCUUUGACUUGAAUACUGAGAAAAAAAAAGUAUUUUUUCUGUCUUGGAAUUUCACAAAAAUAGGCAUAGAAAAGUAAGAAAACAACCCUAAAACAAGGGAAACAGUAGAAUAGGUACUUAUUGUAUGAAGUCAGAGUUGGAGAUAACACGUUGUAUAUAGCAAAGAGAACUGAACAUAAAUCUAGGCAUAGACAAGAAUAGCCUAAGCUUGUCAAAUAAAUCACUUUUGUAAAUAUUUAGCCAGUAGUUAAAGCCGAAUUGAGACUAUCCUUCUUAUACAAAGUAGGUUAAAACAGUUGUAUUGUGUAAGACAAACCUUCGUCUAUUUGAGACAUUUUUGUUUGCUGUAAGGUUCUAGAUUCGACGCUUUUUAUGAAAAUAAUGUCUGCUAUAAAAUUGUUGUAUUAAAGUAACUACUUGCUUUAAGAUAUAAAACAUAGGACCUUAGGCAGAGUUAAAAACUGUUUUAGUGUUAUAUUUGUCUCCGUCAAGAAACCUUAAGGUCUGACCAUAAGGUGUUGUACCAAAAAUUGUAAAAUAUGUUUUCGUCAAUUUAAUUGUAAGUAAAUAACUAGUCAACUAUCACUAAGAAUAUUUAUUAUUUUUAACAAUUAGUGACGUAGGAAAUACACAAUAUUUUGUGUGAUAAAUUCUUCCGACGCCAUUUAAGUAAAAAAGAGUGAAAUGUCAUGUCAGUCAGGAAGAUUAAUAGUUUCAGUUGCAAUAGCGACAACAGGUAAAUCAAUGUAAGUCAUAACUAAAGUUCUAUUUGAAUAUGAAAUAAUAUUCGGUUGACAGAAAUCAUACGACAGCUUUUUACUAAGCAAUUUAAUUUUACAAAACCAAUAAGAUAUAACUGCUAAUUUGACCUAAGGUGGCGCUUGCUUUAAACUAAUGUAUCAAAUCUUUUAUUUUAAAUACCAAGUGAAUUUCUAUAUUUGAGUAUGCUUUAAUCAUUCACUUGCCUAUUUGAAAUGUGGGAGUAGAACAAUAAAUAACCUUAAGGAAUUGAAAAAACAAUUUGUUUCAGUUCAUUCACAUUUCUUCGACUACGCCAAGACUAAGCGAAUGAAUCUUGUUUGGCGUUUCUAUUCUUUUUAAGUAUAUGAAAAACUAUGUAUGUAUGAGUGGCGCCAUCUAUGAGUCUUUUCUCCUAUUUGUAAGAUACAGUUUUAUAAGCAUUGCAGAGUUCACAGUAUAUUAUAGGUAGACGUAUUCAAUACUGAAUGAAACAAUAAAACAAUACUUCACUUUUUA